AUGAGCUCCCCCGUCUGUAGGAGUAGCUCCCUGGCCACCUUCCUAAGGCCCCUGCGCAGCCUGGAGCGGUCCCCCAGACCUGUGACGUUUUCAGCUUGCAAGCCCCCCAGGCCGCGGGGGCUGCGCGUCUGCCCGAUGGCGGAACCAGGCGAUGCGCAGAGCGCGGCCGCCCUGCCCGGCCCCACCAACUGGCCGCUCCUGGGCAGCCUGCCGGAGAUUCUCUGGAAAGGGGGGCUCAAAAGACAGCACGACACGCUGGCCCAGUUCCACAAGAAGUACGGCAAGAUUUUCCGCAUGAAGUUGGGGUCCUUCGACUCGGUGCACCUGGGCUCGCCGUGCCUGCUGGAAGCGCUGUACCGCGCCGAGAGCGCGCACCCCCAGCGGCUGGAGAUCAAGCCCUGGAAGGCGUAUCGCGACUAUCGCCAGGAGGGCUACGGGCUGCUGAUCCUGGAAGGGGAAGACUGGCAGAGGGUCCGGAGUGCCUUUCAAAAGAAGCUGAUGAAACCAGUAGAAAUUAUGAAGCUGGACAACAAAAUCAAUGAGGUCUUGGCUGAUUUUAUGGACAGACUAGAUGAGCUCUGUGAUGAACGAGGCUGUGUUGAAGAUUUAUACAGUGAACUGAACAAGUGGUCAUUUGAAAGUAUCUGCCUGGUCCUCUACGAGAAGAGAUUUGGACUCCUGCAGAGGAACACGGGGGACGAAGCUUUGAACUUCAUCCUGGCCAUCAAAACAAUGAUGAGCACAUUUGGGAGGUUGAUGGUGACCCCAGUCGAGCUGCACCAGAGGCUCAACACCAGAGUGUGGCAGGCCCACACGCAGGCCUGGGACACCAUCUUCAAGUCAGUCAAAUCUUGCAUCGACAACCGGUUAGAGAAAUAUUCCGAGCGCCCCACUGAAGACUUCCUCUGUGACAUUUAUCACUGCCGUCAGCUUUCAAAGAAGGAAUUGUAUGCAUCGGUCACGGAGCUGCAGCUGGCUGCUGUGGAGACGACAGCAAACAGCUUAAUGUGGAUUCUCUACAAUCUAUCUCGUAAUCGCCACGUGCAACAAAAGCUUCUCAAGGAAAUUCAGAGAGUGCUGCAUGAAAAACAGAUGCCUCGGGCAGAGGAUUUGAGGAAUAUGCCAUAUUUAAAAGCCUGUCUGAAAGAAUCUAUGAGGCUUACUCCCAGUGUGCCAUUCACCACUCGGACUCUCGACAAGCCCAUGGUUCUGGGUGAAUAUACCUUGCCCAAAGGAACAGUGUUGAUGCUAAAUACCCAGGUGUUGGGAUCCAAUGAAGAAAGUUUUGAAGAUUCAAGUCAGUUUAGACCUGAGCGAUGGCUUGAAGACAAGAAAAGGAUUAAUCCUUUUGCACAUCUUCCAUUUGGCAUUGGGAAAAGGAUGUGCAUCGGCCGCCGAUUAGCAGAACUCCAGCUCCUGCUCGCUCUUUGCUGGAUUGUCCGCAAAUACGACAUUGUGGCCACAGACCAUGAGCCUGUGGAGAUGCUGCACAUGGGUAUCCUAGUGCCCCACCGGAAGCUGCCCAUUGCCUUCCGCCAGCGGUAG